ACAGAUGAAUCUCAUAAAUGUUAUAAAUAAUAAAUCAUGUAUUCUGAAUUUCUGAUGCUUUAAUUAUGGCUAUGUAAUACGUAUCAUCUAUCUAUCUUCUCUCUGUUACUCAGUCAUCACCUUAUCAGAAUUCAUUCACAACUUCCGAAACCAAAGAGUUCUUCUCUUGUUUCGGUUUGAAAGUUUCCGAUACAUUUAUAAUUACUUUUUGACCUUGUCCCUCCUCUUUCUCGUUUGUUUUGUUUUUAAGGUGACUUAGUUUGUGUGGUUUGAUUUAAUCUAAAGAUUUUAAGGUUGAUGCGUCAGCGUGUUAUUGUUAUGGAUCUCCUGAGAAGUGUGUUUCUUAAACGUUGAACAAAGCAGACUUGUCUUGAGUUUUCUUGAAGGCUUGGUUUAACAGCGAUAGAGAGAGAAAGAGAAAAAUAGCAUUGUGAAUUUGUUUGCAUAAUAAGAAUCUGUCUCCCCCGUGUUGGAUUUGCAACAUUGUUGAGGAGAGAAGGAUAAAGACAUGGAGAGAUAAAAAGAGAAGAACGGUAUUGAGAUUUUGCGGGAAAUUCGGUGUCCUAACGUCAAAAAAUAGGAGUCUUUCAUUGUGGGGGCGAUUUGCAUUUUCGAUUCUCUUUCAAAGGAAAAAUUGCAAUCCCCACAAUCUCUCUCUCUUCCCUCUUUUUUUUGUUUUCUUACCCAUCUGGGUGGUUUCCCUCUGUUUUUCAGGGUUGGGAGAGAAGCUCAAAACUCCAUCUUCCCUCCCUCCUCUCUCUCUCUCUCUCUCUCUCUCUCUCUCUCUCAAAAACCAUGAUUUUUAAUAAAGGGUCAAUUCGUUCUAACCUUGACUGUUUCGUACGAUGUACCACACCUGUGGUUCAAUCCCAGUUUCUUCCUAAGUCCGAGAUUACAAGCCUUAACCGCUUGUGGCAUCCGUGGGAGAGAGAAACCGUAGAAUAUUUCACGUUGGGGGAUCUUUGGAAUUGCUAUGAUGAAUGGAGUGCUUAUGGAGCAGGAGUUCCCAUCACCUUGACAAGUGGAGAGACACUUGUGCAGUACUACGUGCCUUAUCUCUCUGCAAUUCAGAUUUUCACUAGCAAUAGUUUCAGGGAAGAGACUGAGUCAGGUGACUGUGAGACAAGGGAUUCCUAUAGUGAUUCUUUCAGCGAAGAGAGUGAGUGUGACAAGCUAUGGAGGUGGGAUGGAACUUCUUCAGAAGAAGGAGGGUCUGAGCAAGACUCUCUCUGGCAUUUCAAUGACAGAUUAGGUCACCUCUAUUGCCAGUAUUUUGAAAGAGCAACUCCAUAUGGAAGAGUUCCUCUCAUGGAUAAGAUUACUGGAUUAGCUCAAAGAUACCCAGGGUUGAUGUCAUUGAGAAGUGUUGAUCUUUCACCAGCAAGUUGGAUGGCCGUUGCGUGGUACCCAAUUUAUCAUAUCCCCAUGGGAAGAACAAUCAAAGACCUUUCUACUUGCUUUCUCACUUAUCACACGCUUUCAUCUUCAUUUCAAGGGAUGGACCUAGAAGAUGAUAUUGAAGGUGGCCAAGAGAAGCAGAAGGAAGGGGAAGGCAUAGCUCUGCCAGCAUUUGGUUUGGCAACAUACAAGAUGCAAGGAGGGAAUGUGUGGGUUGGAGGAAAUUGUGGUCGGGACCAAGAAAGGCUAUUGUCACUAUUGAGUGUGGCAGAUUCAUGGUUGAAGCAAUUAAGGGUCCAGCAUCAUGACUUUAAUCACUUCAUGGGCAUUCGGCAUGGCUAAAAGGGUUCAUCCACUACUCUACAAAGAAUUCGCACUUGCAUAGCCUAAAACCAUCCUUUUCUCGGAUGUUUGGUUUUUGUGUGCACUUUCUUGGACCAUUAAUUGCGCCUUUUAUGUUUUUUUUUCUUCUUUUCUCUUGAGGGAGUGUGAGGGAUAGUGUUGUUGGUCUUUUUAGCCCUUGAGAGCAUUUUAGGACCAACCCUCUCGUUAGGUUCAAACCGAGAAAAAAAGGGUGUGACUCGUGAGUUACCUCCUUGCAAAUUGCCUCAGUUUAAGAGGAAACUGUGUAGAGAUAGGUGGAGGAGGGAGGUGAAGUGAGACUAUAUUGUAUAUCUUUUGCUAUUAAUCAGUCAUAAUGGUUAAUGGAUCUGACAAAUGAUGUAGAAACAGAUUGCAUAUUUUUUUCCAAUUUUUUCUUUAUGAGUCUUCUUUCCGGUUUCCACCGGCAAUUACUUGCAAUA